GCCUCCGUCAUUCGUUCGCAUCCGUCAAAGCGAAAAAGUAAAAAUUUUCUCGCGAUUAUACCCCGUGUGUUGCCUGCGGAUGGAUUUGUGUAAAAGCGCGAGUGGUGGAGUAUUCAUUCGCACACGCGUGAUAUUCUAGUGCUGUGGCAGAAAAUCGAUUUUUCCCUCAUUACUGGUGAUUCCAGGUAGGCUAUUCGCAGGUUAGUCAUCGUUUUCGGUCGCGAUUUCGCAGUUUUGUGUUGAGUGAAGUUGAAAGUGUUGCGUUCGGUGGCGUAAUCCCACCAGGUGUGAAUCAAGGCUCCGCACAGUGCGAGUGCGGCCCACUCGAGAAAAGGACAAUCGGACGGUUCUUGUAGCAGUAGGACCGUAGAGAAGCCAGCAGUAGUCAGAAGUGAGAAGCGACUUGAGCAGGACAAGCGCACCAUGCAAAGUGUUCUAUUGCACAAUAUUGCUGCCUGUGAUAAUUAUUGUUACUCGUCAUCGUCGCCGUUGUUGCUGAAAGGUGCCAAGUGCUGUUCGUAUAAAACUGGUGCCACGAGUCAAGGUACUUUCAGAAGCGUCGAACAAACCCACGGGAACUGUCCUCCGAGGAGGUCCUGAUCAUCGCCGUAAUACCGAGCGAGUGAGAGAGAAAGAAACAGAAAAUCAAGAGUAUCGAAAAUUAGUUUUAUUAGAAGUGCAAGAAGAAAAUUUUUAUAUUUAGCCAAAAACUAGUGAAUACAAAAACAGCAACAACAACAAAGGUCUUGUGUGCGCUGCUUGUUGCGGAGAAGGUGAAACAGACGAGUGUGGAACAAAUCAGAACAGAAGGCGGAGAAGAGGGAGUGGAUUCAGUGUUCGGUAUCGCUAGCAGCCGAAGCAGUUUGAGUUUAUUGAUCGUGGCAGAAGCAGCUGAGACAAUCGUCGCCAAAAUAGGGUCCGAUAGCCAUCGCGGGAAGAAGUCAGGCGGCAACAACGGUAGCAAGAUGCCUCGGAACCGGAGGAAAAAUAUGGCCAAUGGCAAUUCCCAUCACAACAACGAAUCCGACGACGACACAUCCAACGACAACGCCAGCGUGUACUCGUGCCAGUCGGAAACGCUGAACGAUGGCUACAACAACAACAACAACACCGACGGAGACUCGUCCCAGGCGGAGAAUGGCAGCGGCUUCGAAAAGUACGAGGAAAAGCUCCUCCAAGCCAUCGAGAAUGCCUCGGACAAAUCGCUCCAGACCAGAAUCAACGCAUUCCAAGUGAUCAACGAAACCCUGGUGCAUCACUACAUCCCGGACUUCAUCGACGACCGCAAGAUGACGCUGAUGGAUGCCAUCGAAAAGUCCAUCAAGAAGGGCAAGGGAGCCGAACAGGCCUGGGCCGCCAGGAUCAUUCCACUGCUGGUGAUCCAACUGGAAGGCGCCCAGGAAAUCAACGGGAUGAUGAAUGUUUUGAAACCGGUCCUUCUGGCAACGGCCCAAGAUGGGUCCGCUUCGUACGAUGCUCGUGCCAAAUGCUGCAUGGCUCUCGGCUUGCUCAACUUUCUCGGAACUGACGACAUCGGAGAUCUACUGCCACUAAUGAAAACCUUCGAGGGUAUCUUCUCGGGAAGCUACCUAAAGGGAGACAGCAGCCCAAGCAGCGCCAACGCAGAUGCCGCAUCUCUGCACAGUGCGGCCCUCAGUGCAUGGGCACUCCUGCUCACACAGAUCCCAUCCGGUGAUCUGGUGUCGCUCGUAAACGGUAACAAUCACAUGAUUCCCUCGGUCAACAAGCUCGUUGGAAUGCUUCAAAGCCCUCACCUAGAUGUUCGCAUGAUCGCUGGAGAAACAAUUGCCCUGAUCCUGGAGAGUGGUCGCUCGCACGAUGAAAGCUUCCUGGAGGACGAACUGGGCGAUCUGAUCGAAGCUACACAGAAGCUUGCAACCGACGCGCACAAGUACCGUGCCAAGCGCGAUCGCAAGGUACAGCGCGCCACGUUCCGCGACGUGCACCGCUACCUGGAGGAGGACAUUUCACCGGAAAUUUCGAUCAAAUUCGGCAAGGAGACGCUGCUGCUGGACACCUGGUCUCUGCACCACCAGUACAUAUGUCUGCGCAACGCGCUCGGCUUCGGAAUGAACGUGCACCUGUCGGAGAACGAGUUCCUGCGGGACGUGCUCGAUUUGGGCGCCAAAAUGGACGAAAUCGAGCGAAGUCAGAAGGUGGCCAAGGCCGAAAAGAAGUUCAUCAAUGCGGCGGCGUUCAAGGCGCGCACCAUAAGCAGGGGCAAGAACCGCGACAAACGAUCCGCCGUUGUCAACUGAACGUCGUGUGCACGGGGGGUGACUUGCGAAGGUCGUUGUAUAUAGGAUUGUGUGAUUUGUAGUUUUAUAUUUCUGGAUUAGAAUUUUUUAAAUUUCCUUUUUUUUUCUUUAUCGACAUUUAGGACUAUUACACAUAUUUGCAAUUCAGGUUUAUUUUAAGAUUGCUUUAUUGUUAAUCAUAAUUUCGUAAAAUUACUAUUACUGGGAUGUUAUACUUUAGUGUAGCCAAAAUAUUAAUAAACGACCGAUCGUAUAUUUUCGUUGAUCUAAAGAACAUGUUUGCACUUCAAGUUUCCAGUGUAGUAAUUGUGGUUGGAGUUAAUAUAAAAAACUAUCAAACAUCUUAUAUAAUAUGAUAGUCCUCACUACGUAUAAUAACCCUCGUAUGAAAACUUUUAAACACUGCAAAAAUAGGAAGAAUACAAAAUAACAAAUCGCAUGUAGGAAAUUCGUUUAUGUGUUUAUCAAUAAAGCCGCUAGAUUCGUUACUCUAAAACAUAAGAGUGAUCCUAAAAGGCAAA